AUGGUGCACAUUAUCAACGGAGAGAUCGUGCAGGACGACGACCCGCGGGUGCGCGCGCGCCAGCAGCCGCAGCAGAGUCAGCCGCAGAGACGCUUCGGGUCGGUGCACGGCGGCGCUGCUGCCGCGCCCACCGCGGCGGGGGCAGCCCCGCCGGGCGCCGGCGCCUCGCCGCUGCAGGGACUAGCGAGACAGGUGGGGCUGGAGGGCACCGUGACCAUCCCGGCCGUGCUGGGGCUGCCCGCCAGGCCGGUGCAGAAGAUCCACCUGGUGGUGGCGGCGCUGCUCACGGCCUUCUUCGGCUGGCGGGCGCUGGUGUUCCUGGCCUUCGCCUACUUCCUGUCGACGCAGCAGCCAGGAGCC